UUCUCCGUACGAUGAAUGGCCUGGAUCCCUCCCUCGAAAGCGUGCGCCAAAGCGCCGCUUAAAUAUCUACUCGCGCGAUUAACCUCUGCGUUUCUCUGUUCAAAAAGAGUGCGAGAAGGUCGGUGGCCCUACCUCUUCAACGUUCUAAAGCCUCCUGCUUUUCAUCCCAGCUCAUGUUACCGUUACACUGCCAACCCCAUCUCUGUCUGUCUCUCUCUCUCUGUCUCAUCCAUGUCUAGGGCUAUGAAAGCUGCAAUCUCCUUCAAGAAACUAGCAACAUUUGGAGCGACCAUGUUCGGCAGAAGCUUCAACUCCUCCAAAUGCAAGACGGUGGCAAGGCUGGCGACGUCGAGGAUAAAGCUUCUGAGGAACAAGAGAGAAAUGCAGGUGAAGCAGAUGAGGCGUGACGUCGCUCUGCUUCUCCAGUCUGGACAGGACGCCACUGCUAGGAUUCGGGUUGAACACGUUAUAAGAGAACAAAAUAUCAUGGCAGCAAAUGAAAUAAUUGAACUCUUCUGUGAACUUGUGGUGGUGCGACUAUCAGUAAUUGCAAAGCAAAGGGGAUGUCCUGCAGAUCUGAAAGAAGGUAUCUCCAGCUUAAUAUUUGCAGCUCCGAGAUGCUCAGAUAUCCCAGAACUACAGCAGAUUCGCAAAAUUUUUGAAAAGAAGUACGGAAAGGAUUUUGUAUCUGCAGCUGCAGAGCUACGUCCCGACUGUGGUGUGAAUCGCACGCUGAUUGAAAAGCUCUCUGUUAGAACACCUACUGGUGAAGUAAAGCUGAAACUCAUGAAGGAAAUAGCCAAGGAGUAUCAAAUUGAAUGGGACACAACAGAAUCCGAGCUCGAGCUUCUCAAGCCCCCUGAAGAGCUCCUAGACGGACCACGUACAUUUGUUAGUGCCACCAGCAUGCCAGUGAAACCUAUACCAUCGCAGACGGUUGAGCCAAACGAGCCCAAUAACAGUCUUAGAUCUUGCAAUGUCAGAGAAAGCAACAAUAUGCAUUUCAAGGAUAUAGCUUCAGCUGCUCAAGCAGCUGCGGAGUCUGCAGAGAAGGCUGUCGCUGCUGCACAGGCUGCAGCAUAUCUUGCCAGCCCAAACACCAACACUGACGAUUUUAGCAGUCCGAUAUCAAGUAACAAACACGUCGUGGGAUCUCUCUCUAGCAAUUCCAUUCAGUUUUCAGCACCAAAUGCUGAAAACUUUGAGAGUCGCAUGGUAAACAAUCAGUCUAAGCUUCCUGGGAGGACCUAUGGGUCCCAGAAUUUCGACAGGUCGCAUAACAUGAACAGUGAGGGGGCAGUCCUGACCAAUUUGGACAGUAACAAGAUCUAUAGAAGGCACAGCUACAAUGCGCCUGUGGUGCAUUCUGAUAUAAAGUUCGACGACUCCGAUGGUUUUGAUUCUGAUACUGAUGAAGAGAUGGAAAUGGAAAAACCUCCUUCUGGUGCUAUUCCUGAGCCACCCAAUCGGCCUCCCCCACCGCCACCUCCAUCUCAUGUCAAUCAGCCUAAAGACGACAAGGCGGCAACAGAUAACUUGGGCUCAUUUAAACAAAAUCCAGUCUCUCGCAUUCAUCCAAAAUUGCCAGACUACGAUGCACUCACUGCUCGCUUUGAAGCUCUCAAGUAUCACAGAUCAUAAAUGUGACAGCUUAAACACUUAAGGCAGAUCGAAUGACAAUAAUUGGAAUACUGUGAUAAGGUGAGAAUGACCAAAUUGCAAUUACCUUAGCAUUACACACAGGGUUUUGGAUCUAAAUUGCAAAUAUGUUACUUCCAAGUUGGACUUGAGCUGCUACUUCCUCAUUAUGGUCGCUAUGGGAUGUAAUUACAAUUUGGUCUUUACGUCUCUAGUGAACGAAUCACAAUUCAAUUCGAUAGUGUAUCCAAAUCCAGUACUUGGGUUUUGUAUGGUAUAUUGUAUCUGAAGUAAUAUUGUUUGUCCUGUAUGCUGGCUUAGCUAUCAAUAUUCAGAUUUUUAAUUCUCCAAACCUAUAUGAAAUUUAUAUAAGCUCUUGCUAUCUUGCACCA